UUUUGUCCACCCCUACGCUUGAGUCACUAGAAAGAAAAACAAAAAGACGACAGCUGUUUCAAACUACAGUAGAAAACACAUAGUCUUUCGAUCACGCUACAUGUGCUCCACGACGAGAAAAACAAAACCAAAAAAAAAAAACGAAAUGAUCCUUGCCCGCCACGGUACACGAGUCCUACUAUCCAUACACACCCGUCCUAUGCCGGUUCAUUUUUUUUUUAUUUUCUCCUUUUUUUUUUCCCUUGAUACGCUAAUGUCGGUUCAUUUCAUCCAUGCCAACUUGCCGAGCACUACCGACCUAGACCGCCUUGGCUGCCACGAAACCCCUCCCUAUAUAAGCCACGCGUCCUCCUCCACCAACACAUCCACAUCAACCCAGCGGGCUCAACUCCAAAGCCCAUCCACUACCCAGCCCAAACCCAGCCCUCUCUCUCUCUCUCUCUCCAUGGCCGCCACCGCCAUCGCCACCCUCCUCGGCCCACCGGAGGCACGCCGCCCCUCCGCUGCGGUGGCCGCCGCGCCGGCGACGACCACGGGCGACGCGUUCCUCGACCUGAUGGACGCCAACUUCAACAAGCCGGCGCCGAGGAAGGCGCUCACGGAGAACCUCUCGCCGACGUUCGUGUCGUCGGGGGACGCCUGCCUCGACUUCUUCUUCCACGUCGUGCCCGGGACGCCCUCCGCCGCCGUCGCGUCGCUGCUCGCCGCCGCGUGGGGCGCCGACCCGGCGACCGCGCUCCGGCUGGUGGCCAACCUGAGGGGCGUACGCGGCACCGGCAAGUCGGACCGCGAGGGGUUCUACGCCGCCGCGCUCUGGCUCCACAGCCACCACCCCGCCACCCUCGCGCUCAACGCCGCCUCCGUCGCGGCCUUCGGCUACCUCAAGGACCUCCCCGAGCUCCUCCACCGCAUCGUCAAUGGUGGGUUGUCCACGAGGAAGCCCGGGAAGAAGGCGCGCCUCGCCGCCGCUGAUGGCAUCGGCUUCAUCGCCCGCCGUGGCCGUGGCCGUGGCCGCGGCCGCGGUUGCUUCCGUGGCCGUGGACGCGGUUUCGCCCGCGGCUACCACACCAGCAGCAGGAAGCAGUCGCGCGGCGUCGGUUCGGCGGAGGAGCGCAUCGCGGCCAGCCUGGAGCGCGACGGGAGGCUAGCGGCGAAGGCGGCGGUGGAGCGGCGGUGCAGGCGGGCGGAGGCCGCGGCGAGGGCGGUGGAGAGGUACAGCCGCGACCCUACCUACCGAUCCCUGCACGAUCGCACGGCCGAUCUCUUCGCCGACCUCCUCCGCGACGACAUGCGCAAGCUCGCCGAGGGCAACGUCCACGAGUUCUCGCUCGCCGCCAAGUGGUGCCCGUCGCUGGACAAGUCGUACGACCGCUCCACCCUCCUCUGCGAGGCGAUCGCGCGGCGCCUCUUCCCCAAGGGCUCGUUGCCGGAGCUCGCCGCGGACCUCCCCGACGCGCAUUACGCCUACCGCGCCCGCGAGCGCCUCCGCAAGGCGGCGCUCGUGCCGCUCCGCCGCGCGCUCAAGCUCCCGGAGGUGUACAUCUCGGCGCGCGCGUGGGAGUCGGUGGUGUACACGCGCGUCGCCUCCGUGGCGAUGAAGAACUACAAGGACCUCUUCCUCAAGCACGACGCCGACCGCUUCAACGCCUACCUCGCCGACGUCAAGUCCGGCAAGAAGAAGAUCUCCGCGGGCGCGCUGCUCCCGCACCAGAUCAUCAGCUCCCUCGACGACGACGGCGGCGGCAGCGGCGUGGCCGACCUCCAGUGGCAGCGCAUGGUCGACGACAUGCGCGCCCUCGGCAAGCUCCGCAACUGCGUGGCCGUGUGCGACGUGUCCGGCAGCAUGACCGGCCUCCCCAUGGACGUCUGCGUCGCGCUCGGCCUCCUCGUUUCCGACCUCAGCGACGACCCGUGGCGCGGCCGCGUGAUCACCUUCAGCGAGAGCCCACAGCUCCACCACAUCGUCGGCGAGGCACUCUCCGACAAGGCGCGGUUCAUCCGCGAAAUGAACUGGGGCAUGAACACCAACUUCCAGGCGGUGUUCGACAAGAUCCUCGAGGUGGCCGCGGGCGCCGCCCUCUCGCCGGACAAGAUGGUGCGCCGCGUGGUGGUGUUCAGCGACAUGGAGUUCGACCAGGCGUCGGCGCAGCCGUGGGAGACGGACUACGAGGCGAUCGUGCGCAAGUACACGGCGGCGGGGUACGGCGCCGCCGUGCCGGAGGUGGUGUUCUGGAACCUGCGGGACUCCAAGGCCGUGCCGGUCACCUCCGGCCAGAAGGGGGUGGCGCUGGUCAGCGGCUUCUCCAAGAACCUCCUCAAGCUGUUCCUCGACGGCGACGGCGUCGUCUCCCCGCGCGCCGUCAUGGAAAAGGCCAUCUCCGGCCCGGAGUACGACAAGCUCGUCGUCUUCGAUUGAGAAGAUGGCAGCCCCUGCAGCCCUUUCCGUCUCGUGUUCUUCAUCUUUUUGUAAAGUUUGGGGAAGUUUUGUAAAAACUAGCAAAUCUUCUCUAAAUAAAGGAUCGGAAAAUUCGGUGCA